GUUAUAACCAACAAACUCAAAAAGUGAUGAAUGGAGGACCUUCUAUAACACCUGCAUCAAAUUUUGCGACCAUCCCCCUUCAACUACAACCCUUGCCUUCCUCUACAGAGCUUCCCAAAUCAAUUGCAACCUCCUUGUCAAUAGCAAGCAGUCAUCUUCAUUCUGAAUCUAAAACCAGAUCGCUAAGUACAUCAGAUGAAGACGAAAUGGAACGUACAAGAGAAUUUUUUCAGGUCUUCGAACCAGAUGGAUUCAAUUUGACGCUUGUGGAGCAGCAACUUUUUAUGUAUGAUCUUCCAGACAAUAAUCGAGUAUUUGGCCAAGAGCUAGAGGAGGGCUUGCUUCGACAUGUUAAUUUAAUAGAAAGCGAUAGUGAAGCUGAAGAUUUCGGCUCACCGUUAGCUCAUUAUCUAAACAAACUGCUGGUACCACCUAUUGCUGAUAAAGGUUCAGUUUUUGUACGCAAUAAAAUCGACGUCGAUGUCGGUACGAUUAGUGAUAAUGAUGAAGCUUCUCUCACUGACAUCAGUCGCCGGAUAAUAUGUAACAUUCUCAAGCGUAUAGUUACAGUCAACAACCUUCACCGUCCUUAUCCUAUCUUGAAUUUUUCGACAAUUAUAAUAAGAGUAAAGAGUUCAUCUACAACAAAAAGGAAAGUCCGUUACAAAAUAUAGAGGAAAUACAUCAUUGGAUGUCACGACGUGAUUAUUAUAUACAAAGAUAUGGCCCACCGCAUGAAUUUGGAAGCUCAAGCAAAAUGCAAAAUGAUAAUGAUAUUACCGCCAGCACGAGUAUAUCCGAAUCAGCAAGUCAUAUGGCAGAGUCCUCUUUUACGCUUGA